AACCCUCCCUGGAAAAUCUGAGCAUUAUUUGAAACACAAUUAAAAGCAGCAAGCAAUAUGAAUAAAUGCACCAAUAAAACAGCAACUAACCACACACUCUUCCACCUGUAAGAAGUAACUUCACUUCCCUUCAACCCUUUCUAUAUAUUCCCCUUUGUUCCAAACAUUCCAUCCACCAUUACCCUUCCUUCUUUUCCAUCUCCAUAACCCUUUGCUCCGAGUAGAAAUACAACAAAAGAAGCCAUGAGAACCAAACAAGCUUCUCCUCUCCUUUUCACUAUACUUGCUGGGCUGCUUUCUCAAAGCCUGCUCAUCCCUGUACUCUCCACCACCAUUGCUGACCAGAAGAGCUACUACUCUCCUCCAGACCCACAUGCUGGAACUCCCCCAACAGGUUCACACAGCAACCCUAUACCACCUUCACAUGGCUAUGGAGGCACACCGCCGCAUUAUUCCACGCCAACUCCUUCGACACCAACCAAGUCUCCUUCAGGUGGAAGUGGAUACUACAACCCUCCAUCUGGUGGUAGCACACCAACCACCCCUGUAGAUCCAGGAACUCCAAGCACUCCAAGCACACCAAGGACACCAAGCACACCAAGCACACCAAGCACUCCAAGCACUCCAAGCACACCAAGCACUCCUGGCACUCCCACUACUCCAUUUACCUGCAAUUUUUGGCUGAAUCACCCAGGAAUGAUAUGGGGAGUACUGGGAUGGUGGGGAACGUUAGGAAACUGCUUUAGAGCAACCAAUGUCCCUGGAUUUGGAACAAAUCUCAACUUACUCCAAGCACUUUCAAACACAAGGGCUGAUGGGUUUGGGGCUCUUUUAAGAGAAGGCACUGCUUCAUACCUCAACUCUCUUGCAAGUAACAGAUUCCCCUUCACAACCAAGCAAGUUCAGUCGAGUUUUGUCUCAGCACUUAGCUCCAACAGAGCAGCAGCAGAUCAGGCCAACAUCUUCAAAUUAGCCAACGAGGGGAAAAUUAAGCUCACAGCCUGAACCCGCCCUUUGCCUUACCAGUUACCACCUUAAUAAUUAAUGUGUGUGUGCCUUAGUAGUUAGUUUGUGACUAGUGAGACAGUGAGACCAAUUUAUCAUUUCAUGUUUUCUUUUGUUCUUGUUUGUUGUUCCUAUCAUCUCUUAUGUUCAUGUUAUUUGAACAUAGAGAUGCUCAGUCUUUAGUUUCCAAAUUCAUUCAGAAAUCAAGAUUUGUUCCAACUAGUUCAUUAUGAUUAAUCAGAUGUUAUUAAAGGGGUCGGGAAUUGAAAGUUCGAGUGUUUGUUA